CUCGGACUGAAAAACAUGUCCUAAAAACAGUAGUAUCCGUAGGAGAGGUGGGUUGAGUGGUUAAUUUCGUCCAUUAACGAUCCGAUAUUUCUCAAGGAAGUAGUAACCCCGUCUAACCCUAUAAUAAUAAUAAUAUAUAAUUCGCCCUCUUGCAUUGUAUAUACGAGUCCAUCGGCAUCGGGAUAGACAGUUUCGGAAUCGAUGAAUACAAGGAGUACGGGGAAGGCGAAACCCAAGGACGGGGGUGAAGAUGUGAGGUCGAAGGCUCUGUGGAUGAGGACGGGCACGAAGAUUUUCAAGGAAUCUGUGAUCAAACGUGGGUGGGGCAGAGGAAGGGGAAAGGGAAGCGCCACCGGAAGUCUAGGCCCUCCUCGCUCAGUAGUAUACAUCGGUAAUGGAUGGGCUGGUUGUAAGACACAUCAGUGUGCAUUGUCUGCGCUAUCACGCAUCAAUGAGGAGGAACAGGGUCCCAAAUACAAGCUUGUUGAGCCACUGCAGUGUAUCCGCUGCCCAUCUCUAUUUCGUCACACGUUCCUCUAUCAUUGCAACUUUAUUGCUAGGCCUGAAAAUGGAAGUGCUGAUGAUGAUACGCUCUUUUUUGCGGAAUUAGAGGGGAAACAAGAGAAGACUGGCGGCCAAAUCACUCUCACCCUCCUUUUCUGGUGCAUUUUAGGGCCCUGUGAUUCUGGGGGUGACUGUGAAAAUUGUGGAGCUCUUCCAGGUUGGGUCAAACAUCCUAAAAGCGACGGGUUCCACAAGUUUGUUGAGCCUGGUGCCGUUUUAUGGUGAUGGAUACCGCCUACCUCGGGCAGGCUGUGAAUCAAAUGACGAAAUUGCCAACGUUUUUACGUGCAGCCAUGAAGAUAGUACUUGAACCUAUAUGGUUUGGAUCUUUACGUGGGAUAGCUGAUCAACUGCACUUACAGUUCAGAGAAGCUUGAUGAACAUUUGAUCAGUACUUCAGUAACUUUUAUGACACCAUCUAAAUUAAAGAGCCCAUACAAUAGGCCGUUUGUCAGCUCUUAUAAAUUUGAUUCUAAUGUAAAUUAUGCUACAGAAACGUUACUGAGCAGCUGUAUGGCUUGGGUAUCUUGAAAGCCGUUGUUAAAGCUUUUCUGAAUACUCCGUAUUAAUUGAACCUUGUGUGGCCUAUUUUACACCGUAGAGUCACCCAAGUAAUUACUUGACUAUUUUACCAAAUUUCCAGAAUCACAGUGGGAAUGCUUUCGUCA